AUUUUAAUAUACAUAGGAAUGAAGAUGGUGAAUUGGUGAUGUUUUUUUUUUUUUUUUUUAGAGUGCCCCAUAGCAGAACAGAACACCAUAUCAUAUCUGUGUCUGUGUGUCCCUUCUCCCCUGAGAAAGUGUUGACACAUUGUCUUAAACCAACCCACAUGUUGUUUUUGGUGUUGGUUGGAUUUUGCAUCACUUACAUUAACAUUAACCUUAACCUUAACCUUAAUCUUACCCCUUCUUUUGCAUUUAGCAUACUUUUAACUGCCCUCUCUUCCCUUUUUUCACUCCUUUCUUGCAUGCUUUAAACAGACACUCAUACACCACUCUUUGUUCCACAACUAACCAUUAUUCCUGCUCUCACAACUUGUUUCCAUCAUCAUUCUCUGGCUUUGUCUCCCCGAAUCUCCAGAGUAUUGCUGAUUCGAUUGACUGGUCAUGGGUCCUGUGAGAGGAUUGAAGAAGAAAAGAAAGCCAGAGAAGAAGCAUGACAGGAAUGGUUCCGCUGCUUCUGGGUCACCCGAGGGAGAGGGUCCUGUAGAUUGGUGGGAUGACUUGUCAAAGAGGAUGAAUGGUCUUCAGCAGUCUCCAUCAAAAUGUUUGGAUAGCUUCCAGUCUGUUUUCAAGAUCUCCAGAAAGACAUUUGAGUACAUAUGUUCUCUUGUUAAGGAUGACAUGAUGACAAAAUCUGCACAUUUCGUCUUUACAAAUGGCAAACCAUUGUCUUUAUGUGAACAAGUAGCAGUGGCACUGAGAAGACUGGGAUCAGGUGAAUCCCUUGUCACAAUUGGUGAUUCAUUUGGACUAAACCACUCAACUGUUUCACAAGUCACCUGGAGGUUUGUGGAAUCCAUGGAAGAAAAGGGUAUUCACCACUUGCAAUGGCCUUCUACAGAAAUGGAAAUGAAUGCAAUCAAAUCCAAAUUUGAGAAAAUACGAGGUCUCCCCAAUUGCUGUGGUGUAAUUGAUGCUACUCACAUCACAAUGUGUUUACCUGCAUCUGAACCUUCCUGUAAUGUGUGGCUUGAUCACAAAAAGAAUCAUAGCAUGGUCUUGCAAGCAAUAGUGGAUCCUGACAUGAAGUUCAGGGACAUAGUCACUGGCUGGCCUGGUAAAAUGGAGGACUGGUUGAUAUUUGAGAGUUCAAAUUUCAACAAACUUUGUGAAAAGGGUGAGAGGUUGAAUGGAAGCAAAUUACAGCUCUCUGGAGAAUCAGAAAUAAGAGAAUAUAUAAUUGGUGAUUCAGGUUAUCCUCUGUUACCUUACCUUGUUGUCCCCUAUGAAGGGAAAGAACUCUCAGAACCAAAAGCACAGUUUAACAAGCAGCACUUAGCAACAAGAGUGGUGGCACAAAGAGCACUGACAAGGCUGAAGGAGAUGUGGAGAAUCAUUCAUGGAAUGAUGUGGAGACCAGACAAACACCGUCUGCCAAGGAUUAUUCUUGUUUGUUGUGUACUUCACAACAUUGUUAUUGAUUUGAACGAUGAAGUGCAAGAUGAACUGUCUUUGUCUCAUGAUCAUGACUCUGGUUAUCAUCAAUUGAUUUGUGGAGCUGUAGAUGAGAAGGGAGUUGCACUAAGAGACAGUUUGUCUCACUACUUGACUGGAAAAUUGUCUUCAUAAAUUUUGUCUUUCAUUUUCUUUUGGUUGCUCAAAUGAAUUUACUAAAAUAUUGUAGGUUCUAAGAAAGCAUAUCUUAUGGUA